AUGACUGCUAGCAAUCAGAGUCAGAACAAGAACAUGGAAUUCUUUCUGAAUGGUUUCCCAGGACUUCAAGAAACACAGUAUUGGUUUCUGAUUCCUUUCUCCAUUAUGUUUUUAGUGGCAUCUCUUGGAAAUAUUCUAGUUAUGUCAGUAGUGGCAAGAGAGCAACAUCUUCAUGAGCCCAUGUAUUACUUUAUUUCUAUACUAUCAACCGUUGAUCUUGUAAUAGAUAUUAUUCUUCUGCCUCAGGCAUUAGUAGUACUGUGGUUUGGCUCUUACUCUAUGCAUUUUGAUGCUUGCUUUGUUCAGAUGUUUUGUAUUUACUUUACCGGUGCCAUGGAAUCCACAGUGCUUGUAUUAAUGGCUUAUGAUCGCUACAUUGCUGUGUGUAAACCUUUAAGAUAUUCAUCAAUAGUAACAAAUGAAUUUGUAUUUAAAGGAAUUGUACUUGUUGCUGUAAGGAGUCUUUGUAUUGUGCUGCCUAUACCGGUACUUGCUAGGAUGUUACCAUACUGUAGUAAAACAAUUGUUUAUAACGUUUACUGUGAGUACCUUGCUGUCAUCAAUGCAGCCUGUGCUCAUACUGUCACAACUGAUAGCUAUUUUUUCAUUUUACUUGUUCUAGUCGGACUGCCAGAUGCAACAUUAAUUGGACUGUCCUAUUACAUGAUUGUCAGAGCCGCAUUAAAAAUUAAAUCAAGAGAAGCUCAACAAAAGUUACUUAGCACAUGCAGCUCUCAUGCCUUUGUGAUUGCUUCAUUUUAUUUUUUAGGGAUGCUUUCUAUAAUUUUACUCCUUGUUGAAGAUAAGAUGCCUGCAUAUAUCCGUGCUCUGGUUUCAUUUCUUUGCAUUAGCCUUCCACCAACAUUAAAUCCUUUGAUAUAUGGCAUAAAAACAAAAGAAAUCUGGAAAGCAAUAGCAAUAACAUUUAAUAAAUACUUCAAAUAA